GUAAUACGUCAAAUUAUGAGAGUAAAAUUUUCGGAAUUUAAAAUUAGGUAAAUUUUUUAUUCAACAAUUAUGGUUCUUAGAAGACUUAUAACUUAUCGUCGGUUGAAUUAUGUUAGAACCUAUUGCAACAAGAACGAAUCAAAAUCACAGGAUAAAGAUGCCCCAAUCCUGACAAUUCCUCAAAAUUUCAGUAGACUGGGGGACAAUGGUACUUCGAAGACUAUAAACGGGGAAGUUAUGGAUAAGGAUAAUGAAAUUUUUAAUGCCAUAGGGGCAACGGAAGAGCUUUUGAGUUAUCUGGGCUUAGCUCGUGAACAUGGUCAUGAAUCGGAACAGCGAUAUACAGAUAAGUUAAAAAGAGUUCAAACAAUAAUUAUAGAUAUUAGUACAGCCAUUUCCAAGUCAACUACCAAUAAAUCUGUAAUUCCUACAGUUUAUACCAAAGAAUUAGAGGACUGGAUCCAAGAAUAUUCUAAACAAUUACCUCCUCCUGAGCAGUAUAUAAUCCCAGGUGGAGGUAUAGCAAGUGCCUCAUUACAUGUAGCUAGAGCUAUUUGCAGAAAAACUGAAAGAGUAAUUGUGCCAUUAGUACGAAAAGGUAGUUUAGAUAAAGAAGCUCUAAUUUAUCUCAACCGACUGUCUGACUUCCUGUUUACAGCUUCUAGAAUAGCAGCUAAACACGACCAACGAGCCGAGAGCAUUUAUAUACCUAAACAAGAUGAGAAAAUCCAAGCACACGACGAAGAAAACAAUAAUCAAAACAGUAUAUUGAUCGAAAAUCAUUGAAAGUAUUGGUUGUGUAUUUUAUACAAAGAACGAAGUAUUUUUUGUUCUGCAUUAAACUGAAAGCACAAAACGUGAAAACCUAUUUACUUGUUUUGAUUUUUAAGAUGUUAGUUUAUGUAAUCUUGUUAGAAUUGAUUAUAUAUAAUUAUAUAGUUUUCCUGC